GUGACUGGUGAGUGGUGACUGGCGGAGGGAGGGUUGCUAAGCCAAGUUUCACGCCAAGGAGAUCUCAGUGGGAGUGGUACACAGCAACCCAUGAACACCCACCCAACACCCAACCCAAUAUUCCUUAAAUAAUAUCCACCACCAACCAAAAAAAAAAACAACCAACCAACCAACCAAAGAAACAAACCAUCCAACCAUGGACAUCUCAGCAUACGAACCCAUCCCAUCCACAUCGAGGAUCAACUCAAGACCAGGCUCAUCAAACAAGCUCAUCAGCUCCAUCUCAACCAUCCCUCAAACCCAGCUGGACACCGAAACAUGCUCACUCCUAGGCCCAUUCUCAAUCCUCAUCCAAGCCAUCAUGGCCUUCAUCAUCCUCGCCAGCCUACUCUACAAGCGACACAGGGAGAAACCUAAACGUAAAUAUCAUAUCUGGACUGCAGACGUUUCCAAGCAGGUCAUAGGACAAGCCUUCGUCCAUAUGCUCAACAUCUUCAUCUCAGAUUCCAUGGCAUCCUUGCCAUCAAAAGGGAACCCGUGCGCCUUAUAUUUCAUGAACAUCUUCAUCGAUACCACCAUCGGGGUAUUCGUACUAUUUCUAGCACUCAACACGAUCACCAAACUGGUUUGCAAGACCUUGAGAAGAACGCCCUCGAGCCUCGGCCUAUCUUCCGGAAUCUAUCCCCAUCCAUUCUUAAUGUCAUGGAUCAAGCAGAUCUCAAUUUACUUCCUCGGCCUCGUCAUCCUCAAAUUAUUUGUCAUCGGCUUAUUUUGGUUGGGUGGGGAGGCCUUGAUCAAGUUUGGAAACGGGGUCAUCGAGGGGAUCAGUCAUGACCCGAAGAUCCAGAUCCUAAUGGUCGUCAUGGUCGGCCCGACGAUCUUGAACGUCUUACAAUUCCUGCUGAUCGACUCCUUCAUCAAACACAAGCCGAGCCUCAAUCCCGAAGAACUCGAGCCGGAGGAUGGCCGCCGAUUCCUGAGCGGCGAGUCGGAUUUAGACUCAGAUGAUCAGGACGACGAGGAGGAUGAUGAUGAUGACAAUGAGAACGGACGGAAGCCGCGAGGGUUGCCGAACAGUGGGGACCAUGACCGGGUGGUCCGGAAGAAGAAGGACUACCAGAGCGAGCGCUCCACUCGCCAUCACCACACUCGCCUCUCCAACCCGAGCAACCUCCAUGGAUCGCUAUCAGCCGUCGUGGCUGACGUCCAAAACCCACACUCAUACCCUCCUAGGACCUCCCACCCUGAGACGAGAGAACGAAAUCAGCUGGCAACCGAUCGUCUUGAUCUCAUGAAUACCGUCGACACUAGAUUUAGGACCAUCCAAGCUAUCUCCGAUCACGAAUCUUCUCAGCAGAACAUGAGCACCAAUCAACCUUCGAGAGAUAGCAUUCCACCAGACCAUCGAUCGAUUCUUGGGGCUGUCGACCCAUCCCAUCUCUCAGCAGUCUUUGAUAAGCCCAGAGCCGAUCCUAUUGAGACCGGAACAACAAACCCAGAGAACGAUCCGUCGCGGUCCCCAACCCACUCCAACAAGGCGCACAAGAAGAAUCCCGGAGAUCGACGCCCACCACCUCGGAUUCGUCCUGACCGAGCCGCCCGGACUGCGAACAACCUUGUCUGCGCCAGUCCCACCGAACUCAGGACCGGCUUCGACCUCCGACGUCUUAACCCUCUCUCUCCCGCUUCCACCAUCACUUCCUUAUCUAACCCUCAUCAUCACGCCGUUUAUUGAUUUAUUCCUUCUUCGUUUAGUUCGCUUCAUCUCCGAUAGUAUUUAGUAUUCACACAUAGAUUUUCUUCUUCGUUCGCUCGGUUAGCAUUUUUUUAUAAUAUAUACUAUCAAAAUAAAAACAAAAUGAAUUCCUUUAAGAUAAAA